AUGGUGCGCCCGGGUGAGAUCGGUUAUGUGCUCACGCAUCAAGCUCUUUAUUUCAUGUUUGGCGAACAGAGAGGAUGCCAUGAUACAUUCUCCAAAAGGAUGAAGGAGCACAAAAGUUCUUUAGACUCAGUGUACGCCAAAAUGUGCUCCAAUAUUUACUCUCAGCUACGAUUGGUCGAGCAAGUUCAUCCAGUCAAAAGAAUCGACGCUGACCUUAUGAUGGAGCAAAGCGUGGUGUGUAGCCUGCUGGGAUACUACGAGUUUUUAACACCUCGGCGCCUGUCGAACAUUUUACAGUGGCAGCGGUCGAGUGGAUGUUACGGAAACAUCGAAAACGAGAACGACUUUGGCCAGCAUCAGACCAGGCGAACCAUGAGGAAACUUCUGACGGGAAAAGAAUUGUCAGAUGGAUGCGAAUCACAUAUAACCGGAGUUGGUACUGCACUGCUAUCGAUUUAUUUUCGCUUCCUGUUUCUGAACAACAUGCCAGACGGAAAUUCAACUAUGACGAAGACAAGUACAUGAGUGCAGAAUUACAGAUUACCUACCGUAAGAAGCCUAUGAAAAAUUAAUGAAGUGCUCGUUUCAGCUAGUAACAAGUACGUGUCAACUAGUGCAAGCCCUCCCUAGCCUGCAUUAGGGAGUGACGGUCAUAAAGGCGAAGAACAAACAUGGCCAUGCGAAAACUGUCUUACCAUGUUUUUUUCUCGGAUAUUCUCGCUGUCUUAGAAGUUGAAAAUCAAUUAAGUUGCUAAGCUGUUUUUGACUUAAGUUUCCUAAUUUUUUAAGCUUUUAUGUUCCACAAUAAGGUAAUGUCUCGAGAAACAGGGAAUAAAACAAGAUAGUACACUGACUAAACACGACUACUUUCAGCCGGGUUGAUCGAUACAUGAAACUACAAGCCCCCUGACGCCAGAUUAUAAGAGGUUGAGACUUUGAAACGUGUUGUCAUCAUCGCGUUCUGUUCUUGGGCAUGACAAUUAGAUCUCCUAAAUAGAACUAUAAACGCUUUUUGGCUUGUUCCUUCCAAGAAAUAAA